AUGGCGCAAGACUCGUCGAAACACGUUAUCAUCGUCGGGGAUGCUCCCGUACGCCUGUUCCUAUACCCGUCCACUGCCGAUUCGACCGAAAAGUCUUAUAUGCACAAUGCAUACUGGUUCCAGGUCGGGUCUAACCUUGUGGCCAGUAUUUUGGAGGGCGGAUCAGAGGGUGCUGAGCCUUGCAUCCAUAUUCACAGGCCUAGUCUCGUGAGCCCUCAACAGGGCACGAUCCAUUCUAUCGUCGACCUCGAAGGCCAUGACUCCAAUGCUCCAAGCCCAGAUUAUCCAGGGCAUCACCGUACAAGCUUCAAACUCCGAUGCAUGCAGGAGAUCGUUACGGCGAGACAAUGGUACGCGCCAUCUCCUUUUCCUCCCUCGGCAAACUAUCCGUCAGCGCUCUCCAUUGCCAUCUUUCAAGAAACCAGAACCGAAGCAACCACCGCUGAGACCGACACCGCCGCUGCAAUUUCAACCUUCCAGCAAUGCCGCCCCCGCUUCCUCGUUUACCACAUGGCAAGGCCCCUAUGCGAUGGCAGUAUCUGGGAAACGGUCCGGCGAGGCCCACUGACAGGCCCGAAGCCCGGAACGCCAGACGGCGAGCGGCUCAUUGUCAUAGUCGAUGCCAAUGAUCUGCGCGCCGAGGGCAUCAACCUCUCGCGCGGGCUAUCAUGGGAGAAAACCUGUGAGGACUUCGUCGAGCGGCUUGGCUCUGUAGGGAAACUGGUACCCCUGGCAACGUGUGCGCAUCUAGUCGUGCUCCUUGGGUGCGCGGGCGUAAUCUACCACCAGGGCUCGCGGGUGUCCAAGCCGGUGCUCUUGUUUGACCCGCGCUCGUCGGAACAAGAGUUCGUGCAGAAAGCCCAGGGACAGAUACCCGGUCUUUCGGAGACGUUUGUAGCUGGUCUUGUGAAUGCGUUGAUUCAGAGCCCGGAGCUGAGCGUCGAGAAAGGGAUUGAAUUUGGCUUGCAGGCUGCCAGAAAGCUUGCUGUGCUUGGGUUAGCUGACCCUGGCAACGAGGUACCUUCUCUAUCGACGGUCUAUCGAGCCACGGAGGUGAUGGGAGAGACCGUGACGAAAAGGGACAAGCUGAUUCGCUUCGUGAUCCCAUCGGAUGACAUUGCCCGCGGCAGCUGUGACGAGAACUGGUCUUUGCUCGACUACACGAUCGGUGACCCUGCAGAAGUGGCACGCCAGAUUGUGCGGCAGGGGCCUCUCUCGCCCGCGAGCCAGGUGCCGCUAGCCCAAUUCAACCAGCUUGUCCUCUUCGACCGGCGCGAGAUCGAGUCGUGCCGGUCCAUCUUCAGCUUCCUGCGGGAGUAUCUCGCCGCACCGCUGAAGCGGCCGCUCAGCAUUGCGCUCUUCGGCCCCAGAGGGUCCGGGAAGGCCUUUGCAGCGAUGCAGGUCGCCGAAGCAGCAACGAGGGGCCAGAAGGCAUGGACUAUCCGCUUUGACCUCUCGCAGUUCACGAGCGUCGACGAUCUGAUCGCGGCCUUCCACUCCAUCCGUGACUGUUCCCUCAAGGGCUCUAUACCAUUGGUCUAUUUCCGCGGCUUUGACACCGACUUCGCCGGCUCGCCCCUGGGCUGGCUGCCGCAUCUGCUGCACGUCAUGUUCUCUGGCUCCUUUUCCGACCACGGCAUCAGCAGACCCAUCGGCACCGCCGUCUUCUUCUUCGGCUCAACCUCGUCCAGAACAUACGAAGACCUCCAGCGCGUAUCCACAACAACCUCCAGUAACCUAAAUAAUCGAGCCGUAGACUUCCUCGCUUGUCUCCACGGCUUCGUCAACAUCCUAGGCCCUGACAAAGUCCCCCGCACCGCCGGCGGCAGCGAAGACAGACUCUACCCUGUCCGCCGCGCCGUCAUCCUUCGCUCGCUUCUCGAAGCGCGCGAAACAAACCUCACCUCUUCCAAACAAAUCAAAAUUGACGACGGUGUCCUCAACGCCCUCCUUCUAGUCCCUACCUACAGACACGGAAUCCGGUCGCUGAACUCCAUCAUAGCCAUGAGCCACCUAAACGGACGCUAUCAAUUCGACCGUUCUGCUUUGCCCCCUCAAACGCAACUCGACCUACAUGUCGACUACAAAACCUUCACCCAGUACCUCAACGGCAUCCCACUCCCAGAACAACUCCGCGAGAGACUCGCGCAGGAACUCCACACCGUCUACCUGGCUAUCCGUUCCAAAACAGCAACGAAGUCAGAAAAAGCCGAGCUGAAACCCUGGCACGAUACCGAUGAGGAAUUCAAGGAAUCCUCCCGCGCACACGCCGAGAUGAUCCCCUCCAAACUCCGCGAGAUAGGGUGCUUCCUCGCCGAGAAGCAGGAGCACCGCGAGCCCGUGCGGGCCUUUACGGCCGCGCAGAUCGAGCGCCUCGGUGAGAUAGAGCAUGAUCGGUGGAAUACGGAGCGGCUGCAAAACCAGUGGAGUCGUGGAGAGGAGCGCGACAUCACCAAGCGCAGCAGUCCGUUUCUGGUGCCUUGGUGUGAUCUUGAGCAGAAGUGGCGGGAUAUCGAUUGCGGGAUCGUGGCGAGUUAUCCUAGAAUUUUGCCCGAGGGCCCAGAUGAUCUUCCGCUUGCGUUCCUCACGCUUAGAGACCACCUUCCAGACGAGAACCACGAUGAGAGUUAA